ACAAACGCAGUCAAGCGGCAGCAGACGCUUAGUGCUGCUCUCAGUGUGCAGAGCGGAGGAGGAAGAGGACCGACGGCACAAGGAGUAGUUAUGCCUCAGCUCCUGGAAUAUAUAUCUUAUCUCUCACAUCGCGCGUUCCUGCUCACCUUUGCUCUUCUACUACACAAUACGCUUCACUUUUAGUCCGUUGCUUUAUUUUGGCGAAGGCAUCAAAGAUCCAUGGUGCAUCUUUGCGCAUUGUUUCUGGAUUUUUCAAAAGUGUGUCAUCCCCUUUUGCCUGGACUAAAAUGAAGAGCCUUUUCUUCAUUGAUGGGAAGCCAGGGAACGUUUCGCAGCCGGUAUCUCUCUCCGAAUGUUUGGCUGCGUCUGCCGGUGAUCUGCGUGCAGCCACGAAAUAAAACGGCGCUUUCGGUGAGGAAAGAAGGGUUUGCAGUAAGCGGCUUUUUCUUUCCUCUGUCUCUGACAAUGUGCCAAGUCCAUCCACUGCACAGGAUCCCGCUCAUUUGCGGUGUUUUUUCUUUUUUCUUUUUCAUGGAUUGAUUUUAAGCUUGGAUUUUUAUUUAUUUUUAUUUUUAUAUAUUCUUUUUUAUUCUCGUGAAGGUCAAAGGAGAAAUAAUGCUCAUGUCCCGUGCGUCACGAUCAUUUUAUUAACACCAAAUAGCGGUGAUGCGCCUGUUUUCGGUGGGUCCGUGUGCUUGUGUGCGUGUGUGAAAAUCUAUAUGUGCUGCUAAGCGCCUCCAGCUCCGCUCCCCUUUUUUGCUGUGAGAACUCAGUCCCAGAUUUUUUUUCUUUCCAUCCAAGGCUUCCGCUGCAAAGUUAAAUGCUGGAUCUAUAUUUCAGUGACCUUUCUGGGCUGUAAAAAUGCUGAGCGGUGUCCUCUUGCUGAGCGUCCUCACGGUCACCAGCCUGUCGCCAUCUGAGACAGAGAGCCGCAAAACUUCAGCCUCCAAAGACAUCUGCAAGACGCGCUGCGCCUGCGAGGAGCGGGAGAACAUCCUGAACAUCAACUGUGAAAAUAAAGGAUUUACCAGCGUCAGCCAGUUCCAGGUGCCCCCAAACAAAGUCUCCCAGCUUUUUCUUAACGGAAACUUCCUGUCAAGGCUCAGCCCCAACGAGUUUGUCAAUUAUGGCAAUGUCACCUCGCUUCAUUUGGGAAAUAAUGGCUUACAAGAGAUCAGAACGGGUGCUUUUAACGGGCUCCGUUUCCUGAAGCGGGUCCACUUGAAUAACAACAACCUGGAGGUAAUUAAAGAGGACACGUUUGCUGGGCUUGAGAGUUUGGAGUAUUUGCAAGCAGACUACAAUUAUAUCAGCGCUGUAGAGCCCGGUGCUUUCAGUAAGCUAAAUAAACUCAAAGUAUUAAUCCUCAAUGACAACUUGCUGUUGUCUUUGCCUCCUAAUAUUUUCCGCUUUGUGCUCCUCACCCACUUGGAUUUACGUGGCAACCGGCUGAAGAUGUUGCCGUUUGCCGGGGUUCUGGAGCACAUAGGCGGCAUCAUGGAGAUCCAGCUGGAGGAGAACCCGUGGAACUGCACCUGUGAUCUGAUCCCUCUAAAAUCCUGGUUGGACACGAUUUCUGUGUUUGUGGGAGACAUUGUGUGUGAGACACCAUUCAGGCUUCAUGGCAAAGACAUCACCCAGCUCAUAAAACAGGAUCUGUGUCCCCGCAGAAACGCCGGUGAACGUGUCCACCCAGCCUCUGACUCUCACUUUCAGGGGGCCCUGCCCCCGACCUACCACCCUGGUGUGAUGACCCCCACUCGUGCCCCUAAGGCUUCCCGCCCGCCCAAAAUGCGCUACAGGCCUACUCCUCGCAUCAUGAAGGACAAAAAUGUCUUUGGGCCCAUUAUGGUUUACCAGACGCGCUCUCCUGUGCCCAUGCUGUGUCCCAGUGUGUGUGUGUGCACGUCACAAAACCCAGACAGUGGAUUAAACAUCAACUGCCAGGAGCGAAAGUUGCAUAACAUCAGUGAUCUUAACCCCAAGCCAUCCUACCCGAAGAAGCUCCAUCUGACCGGUAACUACCUGCAGGUGAUCUACAAAAUGGAUCUGACUGAGUACAGCUCUUUGGAGUUGUUGCAUUUAGGAAAUAACAGAAUUGCUGUGAUUCAGGAAGGCGCAUUUGAGAACUUGACCAACCUCAGACGCCUCUAUCUAAAUGGGAAUUACAUUGAAUCCCUCUCUCAGUCGCUGUUUGCUGGUCUGCAGUCCCUCCAGUAUCUGUACUUGGAAUAUAACAUUAUCAAAGACAUCUCACCUCAGACAUUCAACUCUCUGCACAAUCUUCAGCUGCUGUUCCUCAACAACAAUCUGCUGAGAGCUCUCCCUGACAAUGUUUUUGGUGGAACCAUGCUAACAAGGCUAAAUCUGCGGAAUAAUCACUUCUCCUACCUGCCUGUCAAAGGCGUCCUUGACCAGCUUUCAGCGUUCAUCCAGAUCGAUUUGCAGGAGAACCCCUGGGACUGUACCUGCGACAUUGUGGCAUUAAAAAACUGGAUGGAGCUUUCCAGCACCAGUGUGGUAGUUAAUGAAAUUACCUGUGACUCACCAUCAAAGCACGCUGGGCGCCUGCUGCGCUCACUGCGCAACGAGGCCAUCUGCCCAGAGCCCAGCGAGGAGCCCCCACCACAGCAUGUACCCCCCACAAAAGCCCCCACAUUAAUAAGCCCUGACACUGCAGCCACCACCCCUUCCUUAUCAUCCUCCUCCUCUUCCACCUCAUCUCCCUCUUCUUCUUUUAGCUCUGUCAGCCCCACUGAAUCCAAACUGCACUCUACCGAGUUACACCCCGAGGUUCCGCUUUCAGUUCUGAUCCUUGGGCUCCUCGUAGUUUUUAUCCUCUCAGUCUGCUUCGGUGCAGGUCUCUUUGUCUUUGUCCUCAAGCGCCGCAAAGGUAUAGAGCACGUGCCCACAGGUGUCAAUAACCUAGAUCUCAACUCCUUCCAAGUGCAAUAUGGCUCCUAUACCUCUGAACCGACACAAGAAAAAACCUCUGAAAGCCAUGUUUAUAACUACAUCCCCCCGCCUGUGGACUCUAUGUGCCAAAACCCUAUUUAUAUGCAGAAGGAUAGUGAACAAGUGGCGUAUUACCGCAACCUGAAGGAGCUCAGUUUUGGGAACCUGGACUUAAAGAAGGAUGAUGCCCUAACGCACAGCCCAAGGGCCUACACCAUCAGCACAGUGGAUUUUAUGGACAAAUCACCAACGACGUGUGGUUUGACCCCCCCAGAGCCUCCGGAGGUGCUGUAUCAAAACUUUGGGGAGAGGCUAAACAAAGAGCUUCCCACAGCUGCAGGCGUCUCCCCUUUCAACUACAACUUUUGCACUUUACCCAAGAGACCUUGCAUUGUGCCCCCCUACGAGGCCACCACAGGCCGGCGACAUGUCACCAAUCAGGACCGGCUGAACAAGACUGUGCUGUACGGGACCCCCAGGGAGUACUACGGGGCCGAACACCCCUCCAAAAACAACGAGCACCCGCUUCUGCUCCCUGGGAAGCUAAAAACAGAACCAGACUACCUGGAGGUUUUGGAGAAACAAACUGCAAUGAGCCAACUGUAAGAUAGACUGGAUCUGCUCAGGCUAUUGUGCAGCUGUCCAAGGUGCUGAAAUGCUGCUGGCAGCAGGCCCUGGUUCCACUAUGAUGGCUGGGAUCGUCAAAGAACCCUGUGUGAGCUAGAAAAGCAUGUUUAAACUUCCUUUAGACUGAGGUGAUAAUCAUCUGCUUACUCUGAGAUUGUGGAGUUUGAGUCUGUUUUUAUUUAAUGCCUUUCAUUAUGUGGUUUGUAUGAACCUUGUGUUUCUCAUAUUAGUGGCUCAUAUUUGCUGGUUGCUAAUACUGAUGCUGUUAAUGCCUUUGUUUUAUUUUGGUUUUACUAAAGGUCUCCCAGUCACCACUGCUCUGUGUAAAAUAUGCCCUAUGAAGGUUUUAGAGAAUUUAAAGCCCAGGAAAAAGCUUGAGUGCUCCUUGAAUUAAGCCGUUGUGUCAUUGUGGAUGUGUGGGUUUGCCAAAGGAGCCAAUGAAGUCAUGCAGACAGUCGACAUGGAGAAAAUGUCAGUACUCUGUUUUUAUUUGAUGCAAAACCAUGUUGUUUAUAAGAUAAUUUUACAUAUAAGACGUCAUGGUUGUGCAGUAGAUUGUAUCAGCUGGUAGGAGCAGUUUAACCUUAUUUUCUAAGGACAAUGCAGGUUGUAUCCACCAAACUGUCUGAGUUAAUUGUACUUCAUGUAGUUUUUACCUUGGACUUGUAGUGAGAAUAAAAAGAAGUUGCCAUAUAAUCCAAAAUCAGGCAACAUAACAACAAACAUAAACAUUUACAGAAAUAUUUUUCAUGAAAUGCACUGUGGGAAGAAUAUUUGCAUAAUCAGUGUUAUCAGUUUGUUUAUCUAAAAUUGUUAUUUAUGAAUAAUAGUAGUGUACCGUAGUAGAAUGGUAGUGUUCAGUAUAUUUUCAGUGUAUUUUAUUGUGAUACUGCUUAGCUGAUUUUAAAGAUGUUAAAAUAAUUAAUAACAACAAUUUGAAUAUAUGGCUAUUUUUAAAUAAGUAUUUUUAAUGUUUUUUCUAGGUGGUUUCAAUUCAAAUGUUAAUCCCUGCCAAACUUAAAAACAAUUAUAGUUUAUGUUUCUGUUUAUAAUGAUAUUUUAAACAAAUAAUAUCUGAGACUUCACAUAUCAACAUGCUUCAUUUGUUCACUGGUUGUUUCUUUUAUGAUCUAAAUACUAAACUAAACAGAAUAAUUUAUAGUGUGUAGUAAAUAAAAUGAACAUCUGUCUAUUUAAGAGCUGAACCACUUACACCAGUGAAUGAAGUUGUUUCACUAGAGAAGUGUUAAGUAAAGAAAGUGAGAAGCUCAUUUUCCACAGCAGGUAGAUUUUUUGAUGAUGGUAAUUCCAGCACUGAACACCUGAAGAAAACAUUCAGCUUUAAUGUUCUGCUGCAUGAAACAACUCAUUCCUUCCAAACCCUGAUAUAUUUCUAGUUUGAAUAUAUUGCAUUUAUUGCAGAGCCUUUUGUAAUUUUUUUUGAUCCGUGUUUUCGGCUGCUACGGCGCACAGCGAGCAGGGAGAUGCUGCGGUAAGCAAAGCUGUGAAUGCUGUCAUGUGGGCUUCCUUUUUAACAAGCCUCGCCAUUUCAGCUGCCGUGUGAAUGGGAGGGGUGAAGAAAGAAAGAGGUGGGGGCAAGCGAGAGAGAGAGAGCAAGAGAGCUGUUCAUUCCUCUUCUCUAAAAAUGAAGUGAUUUUCCUUCCUUGGGCACAAUAGGUCCUCUGUGUCUUUUUAGUGGCAGUGAAGGAAAGAGAGGGAAUGCUUCUGCAAACACACACACACACACACACACACACACACACACACACACACACACACACACACACACACACACACACACACGGGAUAUAAGGGAGGGUUGGAGCAUGUGCAACUUUGCACACCAAUGAGGACGCCUUCUCCCGAGAACACUCUCCAUUCUUUACUCACAGCUCUAGAACUCCUGUCAGUUACUGAGUGACUGACUGAGCUCAUUGAUUUAUCUACUGUACAACAUCACUCUCAUAUUGUAUUGAAAAAGUUGAAAUAUAGAAGCAGGUAUUGUGUGGAACAUUCUCUGACCGCCUCCACUUCAUGGUCCCUCUCUGACUGGUAUGAUGGAAGAUCAUACAUUGGUAUUCAAAAAGCGAGUCUCGAUGUGUGGAUAAAUGAUUCAGAGAUUACUUUGAAGCACAAGGGCUGUUGCUUGGACUUGAUUUAUAAUAGGCAUUUCCUGUUCGUGUGCGACUGUGUGUGUGUUUGCCUUUAACUUGGACUUCAUCAAAAUGAUUAGAUUUGAGCUGAUUAUGAGAUGAUCUUCAUCACCCUUUCACAAUGGUUUCAUUAAACUCCUUAGGUGUUAAGUCUAAUCAAUGGCCACUUCACACACGUUACUGGAUCAUUUUCAUUCACUUUAGACCACAUUUGAAGAACCUCUAUGAUGAUCAUCAUCUUCAUUGUGUCCCACUGUAACUUUUCUGUCAUUGUCUUAGUGUUUUUCCACAAACUACAGACGUUUGGCUUUGAAUUGCAGGCUGUGGGUUCAGGUUGGGUUUAAAUUAUUUAUUUGUGCUUCAUACUGUACAGUAUAUUGACAGACAGGACGACUGAAAGCAGCAGGAGGUGGGAGUGUAAUUAAACUCUAUUGUGUAGCUCAUACUUUCCUUUAGCACUCUACUACUUGAGGACUUGUUCACUAGUGCAGUGUAUCAUUUAUUGCAGAAAUUAUAUGCAUAUUACAUUUACAGUGAUUCAGUUGAAAACUAGUCAAAGACAGAUUAUGGUUAUUGAGCUUCACAUCUCAGACACUGAAUCGUUUCAUUUUUGGACAUCAGGUGUGUAAUGAAAUUGUCACAUAAUGUAUGUUCUGUCUGUGAGAUAGAUCCAAAUCUAUACAAUAUUUUAAUUGUGUUGAGUCCAAUAACCAUUUCCUGUCUAGUUGUUAUGAUGUCAGUGGGUUGUUUGAAUGGGUUUUUGGUUACAAAGUCUGUGUUAAUGCAAGCACAUCAGUAAAUCUCCCCUUGUGUUAUUUAGGUCUUUAUACAUGUUGUGUUUUGUUUGUACUUGCAAACCACUCACAAGAGGAAAGGCUCCUCAGAAAGGUGUAGUCCCCACGGGUUCUGUUGAGGCAACCAGGGUGCAGUACAGUAGCAGAAUUUGUAUACUCAAGGCCUAAGUGUGUAUAGAAAGCAGUCAUGAUGGUGUUGGGGACACAUCGUAGCUGCCUUAGUUCAUGUCAUGUGAUCUGUAAAUAGCUCUGGCUAAUUACAUAAACCCGACCAACCUUUUACUGGGUUAAAGUCAUCGCUGACCUAUAGGAGGUGAACAUCCUAAAGCGUUGUGUCCAUACAGAACAAAGUGGUAUGAUAUAGUACAUCUGGGAUCUGGGAGAAACGUGAUGUUAUAGCCACAUCAAUGGGUUCAUAUAAAAGUCCUGAUCUUUAGUCAUGUAGAAGAGAGAUGCUCUGUGUUGUGGAGCCAAACAUGUCUGCUGUUGAUGCUGUACUGACAUCCAAUUGAAAUGUAAAUAGCUGCUUUACAUGCACCCAGUAACAGUCUUAAUGAUCACACUUUGUGAUUGAUUUAUUCAUUUAGAGUUUUAAAUGGCGUUAAAGCCAUGUUAACUUCAUUAAAAUUUUAUUAAAGGUCAUUGAUCAUCUUGUGUGAGCAAAUUUUCAAAUGUUCCUAUGAUGGAUUCAAGCUUUGUUAAAUGUUGGUGAAUAUGUGCAACAGGAGAUAUGUCACUUACUGUACAGCAACAGACCUGUCUCUGUAGCUUCUCUACAAGGUUUUGUUUCUGUUAUGUCCAUUUUUAUCUCAAAUUAGCAGGAAGCUGAUGAAUAUUCAAAUGGGAAGGAGCAGAAAGUUAAUGAGGGACACAUGAAGUUGUAACAUUUAGCAGUGAAAGAGUCACUUAUCCCAAACAAAUGAAAAGAGUUUUCUGCUUUACAAGGUGAUAAUCUGUUAAUUGGUUAAUUAUCACCUUGAUGUGGUGAUAAUUUGUUAACUAGUUAAUUAUCGCUUUUCCAGAGUGAUAACAUUGUGGUUGUUGCUGCUUCAGUGUCUUUAGGUUUUUGUGUGUGUUUUUGAGGUGGAUGCUUACGUAUGCAAAUAAUCACUGCAUUACUGUGUACAGCCUAUAACAUCUUGAUCGUUUGAGACUGCACGUGCUGAUUAGCACCAGAAAAUUAUUAGUAGGUUUGAAACCUGCUGUUUCCCUAAUAAUGCCCACCAAUGAGACGAACAAAGCAUCUAUUUAUAAAGCGAUAAAUGAAAAGCCUACAAACUGCUUAUUGUCACAUUGGAGCGUUGCAUGUGUAGAAUAUCUUUCAUUUCACCUUUUUUCACUUUACGUUUAACUUUUAAGUAUUCUCCUUGCUGUCACUAGCAGCCACAUGACACAUAAUGUCGUUUGUGUGCGUCAACAAUUUCAGAGCAACAAUGCAGCAUGGCCAAACCGAUCAGCUCCUGAAUUUAUUUGAUGUUAUUUUUUAAUCUGCUGCCAUGACCCCUGAAUUCCCCCUCAGGGCCCAGCAACAUGCAAACAAAACCAAGUACCUAAAGCAACUAUAGUGAGCAACUACAGUGAGCGACUAUAGUGAGCGACUCUAGUGAAAGCCAGUGUCCAGCCCGUGUGUGGUUGGGUUCCUGGUAGCGCUCUGGUAGAACUAACCUCGACACAUGUCUGAAGAAGAAGUCCCCUCUACUGCACUGUUGGCACUGCAAGAAUAAAAGCCCCUUACGGCAGGAUCUCAGAGUACUGCUGCUGAGUGGUACUUGGCACCAGAAUCUAUCAGCUGUUCCCUGUAUCUCCAGGCAGUGAUUUUGUGCAUAUGACACUGUUUGCAGUAGCUGAUUUCCAGAGUAAUAAGGAAGGUUGAGCUCAUCUGCGUAAGAGCAUGAAUAUCUCAAGUGUCUGAAGCAGUCAAGCAGAUUCUGUUGCAGAAGUCUCAGGUCUUUGCCUGAGGUAUGUUAACUGAUUGGACACAGAGAAGCAAAAAGGGUUUUAAUGUUCAUAAUCCUCCAGCUGCAGUAGCAGGGGCCACAGAGAUCUGCCAGUCUGUCAGUGAUGAAAUAACCGCUGUCUUUUUUGAGGCUGAAAGCUACAGUAGCUGCUGGAGACGCUUAAACAUGGCUCCACUCUGAUCAAGCAUCUUGUACUUCUCCCCAUCAGUGCCAGGUGUUAGAUAGCAGAGAUGCUGAGCCUUGUCUCAGUUAUUUCAUGGCCAGAUCAAUCCAACAGUGUGAUGCUUCUUUGAUCCACACUGGUCGUCUGCUCGUAUUUGGACCUUAUAACUCUGUUUUCAUGUUUGCCCCAUGGCAACCUCACAUAUACUUGAUUUGUAGGGGUGGUCAUGCACAUUGCCUGGUACGACCUGUGACAAUAUCAAGUAAAAACUGGUCUUUGAAUCACUACAGCAGAACAUAACAUACAGUAUUAUAUUGAGCAUCUUUUGACAUCUACUGUACAUAGCGGCCAUUUUUACUUUGAUAUCAAUACUAUCCUUUAUAACCGUGUGUUCCCUGUGACUGAUUGAGCCUUUGUGUUCCCUUACAUGUAACAUCUUAAACAAUCAUGUUGUCUGUUCCUUUGCAGUGGAGUGUUUCUUGUUGUGCUUCCAUCUGAAUGAGAGUAUCUGUUAGGAAACUUAAUCUAGGUUAAUGUGGUGCAUCGUAUUACUGGGCUGCAAUGCAUCAUUCACUUUGUUGUGUACCAGUAGAAUCAGCCAAGAUUAGUUGUGAACAGGAACCUUUUGGUGGGAUCAAGCAGCCUCAUGUUGGUGCGGAGGGCGAAGUUCCUUGGCCGAAAGACACUUCCUGUAACCGGAGGACAGGAGAAAAUCAAUCAAUUACAUAGAGAGAUGUUGUGAGAGACAGGGAAGACUGGUGAAGCUGUAGAAAGGAAAGAAACAGAGAUGUAGCCAGAAAGUGGAGGCCUGGACAGAGAAGGGAAUCGAUAGACUUGGUUCAAUAGGGCGACUGGAGUUUGCCAAGAAGGAAUCCUGUUCAUUUAUGUGGAGGACUGUGUGUCUGCGCUGCAACAGCUUGUGUUUGUGGAGCAGCGAGCUCCAGGUUUCAUCAUGAGGUCACUAUUGGUCAAAAGGGAUAUUCCUCAAGUUUAUGGCUACAGGAAAUGAAAACAUGUGACUUUUGUGCAGCCCAGGGACUUAAGAGGCCCAAGAAACAAUAAGGAAAGAGAUAGAGGCAAGAAAGGGAAUAAAAAUGACUCUGAAUUUAUUUUCUCUAAUGAAGCAGCUUCACUUUAAAUCACCUCAGACUCAGUGCAGAUCUAAACUAAGCCAUGGCACAUGGCCACAAAUGCAGCUACACAAGCAGCUACACAAACAUGAACAAUUAUUAUACACCAAACAGCAAUGUUUCCGAAACACAGACACAGAGAAGCAGUUUGUCUGUGUUAGACUGUUUGGAGUGAAUUUUAAAUCAAUAUAUAAUAAUUAUUAUUUUAUUUUAUAAUCAUUAAUAAUUAUUAAUGAUUAUUUAUUAAAAAAUUACAGUUUCUUUGAUGGCACAUAGUCACACAUGCAGUUAUUGUUGAGAAUGUGCUGGAUGCAGGACGCUUGUUGAAUGUACAUGUAUUGGGAGCAGGCUGGACCCACUGACCAACCAGUGUGAAUGUGGUCAAGGCAAGACAAGUAGUUUGACCCAAUUGAUUAUUUAAGCAUUUCCUCAUUUUAAGAUAAGAUAAGAUAUGAGAAUCUAGUGGCAAUUGUGUUACCACAUAUUAAAACGUAAUAUCCAAUUAGUUAGUGACAGAUGUUCUGUUUUGAUUGCUGAGAUGUUUCAGAGUAACCAUGAAAUAUUGCUACUCUACUCUCUAUAAAAUGUGCAUAUGUGUCUAUACAUCUACAGUUAAAGUGUAAACAGAAACAUCUGGUCCUAAAGGUAUCAUGUCUAUACAACCCAUCCCUGACACACCUCUUUUUAAGAUAUGACAGUGGAAGAUGUGUAAUCUGAGGUAGGAUUGUUAGACAUAUCCUCAUGAAACCAGAUGCUCUUUUGUGAAUCACCUAUUGAAAGAAAAGAGGCAGCAAAAGCAGAGCACUGAAAUGACAAAAUAAAAAAAUCAGGAAACCAUUAGUUGUCAUGAUGGAUGAAGAAUACAGAGGACAGAGAGAUAAAAAAAAGCAGAGAUCAAAAAGUAAGGGUAGUGAGUAAUAAUCAGAUUAUAACUAAAUGGACCAAAGGGGCCACUUGAUGAUAACUCAGAGGCAACCAAACAGAGUAAUACAAGAAAGAGAAGUCAGUUCAUCAGGUAAGGGCCACUUUUCUGAAGGUCCAGAGGAUGAAAAAGCUUAGAAAAACAAAGAGCAACGGACAGAAACGUCACAGACGAUCAGUGAAAUACCCAUGAAUGUCUCCUGGAGUAAAAGCAAAUCCAUCACUAAAAAACAUAGAGCAGACAUAAAUGCGCUUGCCCUUUAAAUCUGAGUGACCAUGCGAGAAAUCCACAAGUGAGCAAGUCCUUUGAUUUGGCCUUAGCCUCUGCAGUUGAAAAAGGGGAGACUGUGCCUCCAGACACGCAGUUCCUCAACAGCCACAGCCUGCUGUCCCACGGCCCAGAGUUCAGUUUAGCUGACAGCACAGCAUGGAACCUUUUUCCAGUUGACCUCUGAUCCUGCAUCGCUUCAAGCAAACUGGUACUGAUGUUUAAUAGAACCCUUUUUUCUUUUCAUUUGAACAAAGCACUAGUGUCCUAUUCAUUCCAGAGCAGAGUGAGCGUAUGAAGCAUAAAGUUAAAGGUGGUGUUUUGGGGACUGAUGUCAUGAUAUUCUGGAGUUUGACCAAUAACUGGACCCUCUAGACUAACUGAAACGUUGCAUUAAAAUUAAAACUGUGACUAAUCAUGAUGUAAAUCAUGACAUUAUGAUUAAAAGUAGAGAGAAAGAGAAGGAAAGUCAAGAAGGAAAGGCUUAUGGAGAAGAAGCUUUGAUGUCCUGUGAUCCUUUUAAAUGAGCUGCACAGACAAUAAGGUAAUGUAACAUCCCAGUGAAAUGAUUAAAGCUUGUAUGAAGGGAUAGAACUGAUUAAUGCUGUAGGUUGGUUCAGAUGAAAGGGUGACAAUACCAAGAGCAAAGACAAAAGAAAGAAAUACAGAUUUCAGGGCCAGAUCCAGAUUGUCAGUUAAUUUCAGCCACAAACAUCUCGACUGAACUCUAUUUAGAGCCCAUCAGAGCAUCUCUCCAACUCAUUUCCGUCUAAUAACCAGCCGUCUUAAGGGACUUUUCAUGUAUUUUCAAGUGUACAAAAUGAUUCAGCGGAUGUUAAGUAGUGGCUCAGAAGGGAGGGAACAAGGGUAGCGUACAGAGAGUGGAGGAGAGGGAGGACACACACACACAUAGUUUCUAUUUUCUAUUCUGUGCUGCUCAGCUGAACUCUAUUUGGAUUCUAUCAUUAAAUCUCUCCAUUUAAUUUCCUUCCUAAUUAGCUGCUUUUCAUUUGCUGGGAAUGUGCCGUCUGCUGCCUCGUUGAGCUGCUGUAGUCUGUGGACAUGCCAGCGUGUGUGUGUAGCUAGUGUGUGUUUGUGUAAAUCAGUAGCCAAGUAUCAAAUGGGGCUGGUUGAGAGCCUUCCUCUCCAUGGAUAUAUGAGUUAAAACCUUCUGGAAAAAUGGCAUAGUGGCAAAGUUCAUGUUUAUGCACUAGCAUGCUCACACACUAGCAUCAGCUGCUGUGAGUGUGUGUUUUCAUGGCUGCUGAGCUGAAAGAGCUCACCUCCAUGCAGCUCUGGUGUCCUGUGUGUAGUCAACAUGUAGUAACUGAGUUAUUUAAAUGUGUGUGUGUGUGUGGGGGGGGGGGGGGGGGGGGGGGGGUGUUUGGAAGAGGCUGUCAGGCCUUUGACAUUUAAUACUUUUGACAGAAAGCCAUUGAAGGCUGGAUCCAUGGGAAUUUUUAAGUCAAUAUUUCAAUACAACACCCACAAUCCCCUGCAGCCAGAGACAGGAAGCGUAAACAGAAGGUGUAAUAAGCGUAGGGUUUUGUCAGACUGAGGUGAUAUAUGGAGUGUAACAAGGUGUGUGUUUUUGUGUAUUUACAGCAUGCAAGCUUCACACGGCUGCUGCUCCUGCUCCGGUGGAGGAAGAGCUGCUCCUACAACAUUAAUGCUGUUCAGAUAUGAGUGGGGAAUUGUGGGAGUUUAACCUUAAUACCAUCGUGGACCGUAAAGUUAAAAUGCUGUGUAGCUGCUCUAUGUGACCUGUUACUGUAGGUCAAACUGUACUGUCCCCUAUGCAGUAUUACCCUGAACCUCAAUCUAACCUGAGCACAGAGCAGCGGAAAGAACAGAAGCUUACGAAUUCACAGCAGCAGACAGUCCUGCUGAGAGAUGCUUUCUCACUCUUAGUUUCCCUCAUAUCAGGUAAAUGUAAUGUAACACAACAUGGCACCCAGUUAUUUACGAAAUAACAACAUUUAAAAUAUUUUAAAACUUUUAAAUAUUACUUGAGAAAAUAUAAAGACAGUCAUACUGUACAUGAAAGACAUGAUCUUGUAUUUAUAAAUGUUUUUGAAGCCACUUUGCAGAGGUUGAGUACCCUCAUUCAUGAUGAUUGUAAAUGAACACGUUACGGUUUUGCACCCAAUCCCAAUCACUCGGCAGAGGCAGAGUGCUGCUCUGUCCAAGGCUUUUACGCUGGUCAGGGGUUAUCAAGGCUGUACACGUAGGAGUUUGUUCGUGAAAAUUGUUAUAAAGUCAUCGUCGUGUAAGUUUGGUUUGAUGUUGGUUUAGUUCCAUAUUGUUUGCGCUCAUAUUGUUUGCACUUGUUAAUCGUUGUCUGUCUCUCUGCCGUUUAAUUGUAUCUCAGGUGAGCUCAUGUGAACGGUAAGCUUGCUUUGCUAGCAAUAUAAAACAUUUGGAACCUUGUUGAGCGCAGCGAGGUACGUGUUUAGUUCUGUUACGUUUGUUACCAUUUAAUGUGUCUGUGUAUGUAUCCAUCCAUCCAUUCAUUUUCUAAACCGCUUAUUCCCUAAUGCGGGGUCACGGGGGUGCUGGAGCCUAACCCAGCUGACUAUGGGCGAGAGGCAGGGUAGACCCUGGACGGGUCGCCAGUCCAUCGCAGGGCUGUGUAUGUAUCUUAACAAGUUAAUUAUUUUGCUUGUUUUAGUUUUAUGGUGCAUAUGUUGCUUAUUGCUGAUAUUCGAUGACAUAAUGUGUCGCUGUUUUACGGUGGUCUGGAAUGCACAAAGUGUUGGCUGGAAUGUGCCUUCAAUAAAAAACGCUACAUUGCACCUGAGGCAAAAACUUUGUUUAACUGUAUAAAAUAUGAAGCUUCCAGAGCGUUUCAAUGACAUAAUUCAAAACAGAAAAGCAAUCUGAGCCAUAGUUUGUUCCUGUGAAAUCAAAAAUGUGAACAGCACUCUACAGAGAAAGACAGAUGACAAACUGGCAUAACUCUCCCCAGCGUCCAUCUUCCUCCUCAGGCUAAAAUGAACCACAGGAGGCUGUAUAAACAACUCACUAAGCUGGGGACUUCUGACUUAUGAAUUUAUGUGUAAUGCACCAUUCAGUAAAGGUGAGGGUGAACGUUAGCCUCAGGGAGAGUAGUGAAGCCAAAGCCCACACAAUUACAGAAGGACAAGAACAUGCGGAUGUGUGAGGAGAGCUCUGCAGUGUGCAGAAGGCUUCAUCUGUACCGCAGGGCAUGGUGUCAGUUAUUGAUGCACAUCUGGAUGCAUUGUGGCCACUAAUGAGAGCUCUGAUAACAGGAAGUGAUUGAAAAGAACUUUAAAGGUGUGCUAUAAGGAGGAUGAAUGAAUAAAAGAAGCACUGUGCAGCCAUGGAGGUGAUUUCUGGGCCAGUGUCCACAGACGUGACUGGACUCUGAUUAGCUGCGCUACAUCCACAUGUCUCCUUUUAGUGCAUAGCAUGACCAAGCGCCUUCAGCACUGCUGCUUAAUCACUGUCACAUAUCUCUCUGCUCAAAUAUCUGCCACUGACAUCAUUCAAUUAUCCUGCACUUAGACAGGAAGUUAUUUUCCUAAAUUAUUGCUGCUAUAGCCCAUUGCUGCUCACAUAUGCAUGAGGUGGUAUUUUUAUAGAGACACAUCGUUUAGGUGGAUGUAAGCGUCACUGUUACCCUGCUCACAUACUGCAAACCCAACAUAGGCCCUAUAAGCUACAGUGUACAUUAACAACUGCUACUCUGUUAGCUGUCACCUGAUUAUGACACAUACUAACGAUUAUAAGCUCCUGCUGGUGGGUAACAGGUGCCCUACUCAAAGAUACUAGAGUAACAACUUGUAACAAACGUUUAUCAUUCAAAUGUACAGUCGUAGCACUUUAAGGUGUCAGCCUUUACGGCAAUCUGUUUGCAUUUGCAGCGCGGUAUCUUGGGUUUUUAGCGCGUUGGAGCUGUGUUACGUCUAUUUGGCCUUUAGGUGGCGAUCAGCCCCCACUCUGGCCUUCAUGACGCUGUCCUAUACUCAUGUUAUAUAGGCCCAUGUAGGGUUACGGAUCAACACCACCAUUUAUAUUCCGUUUAUUUCGUUAUUUCUCCUUUUACCUGUACCACAUAAAGUCAUUGCAGAGCUAUAGCCGUGUUCCUACGAAGUUAUACAGCUGUUUAUUUCGUUAUUCCCUCUUCCAUGUCCGUCUGUUGAAUGAAAGUGGGCGGGGCCAUCCACGUCCCAGAGCAGGGACACUGGGGGAAGGGGAAACACGCAGCUGAUCAGCUGCCUUCAGAAUCAGAAUCGUUUUUAUUCCCCAGGUUUGAACAGGGCAAACAUUAUUUUUAUUUACAAAAAAAAAAUCCCAUACGGUUUGCACUGUAACGUUACCAAGAAUUACGAAAAAACGACAGUACACCCAUCUAGUUUUAACAAAUGUGCAAUAAAAAUAUAAACAGAAAACGCUUGAAAGCGUUUCCAUUUUAUAUUCCGUUUAUUUCGUUAUUUCCCGUGGAUGCUGUUCUGCCCGCUUUCAUGUAGACACAAAACUCAUCAAAGUAAAAGAGAGCUCAGUGCAACAUUUGCAAUUACAUUUAUAUGAAUAACAAAAUAAACGGAAUGUAAAGUAAAAUGCUUUGACGAGUUUUGUGUCUACAUGAAAGCGGCUGGUCAACUUUGUCAACAUGUGGCACCAGUAAGUGGGCGAAUAACGGCCAAAAGCAACAGGCUGAAAGAGGAGGCUGUGGCAGAGGAACACAGGUCUUUGUCCUGUAUGUUGAUGCGCCCAGCCCCCACAGUCAGCGCUUACCUUUGCUACGGGACUGAUAGCCCCGCCCACUUUUAUUUAUCAGACAGAUAUGAAAGUGGGAAUAACGAAAUGAACGGAAUGUAAAGUAAAAUGCUUUCAAGAGUUUUGUCUACAACGGGCAAAUCACAUGUGAACGUUUUAAAUUUUUUUUGUAAAUAAAAAUAAUGUUUGCCCUGUUCAAACUUGGGGAAUAAAAACGAUUCUAAUUCUGAAAGCGGCUGAUCAACUUUGUAGGAACACAUUUCAUAUGGUACAGGUGAAAGGGACACUAACAACCCAACGCAGCCGAGGCUGUAGCAGGCAGAGAAACGCAGAUCUUUGUACUGCAUGUUGAUGCGUGUCUCCCCAUCCCCCAGUGUCCCCUCUCUGGGACGUGGAUGGCCCCGCCUACUUUCAUUCACCAGACGGACAUGAAAGAGGGAAUACGAAAUAAACAGCUGGUUACCUUUGUAGGGACAUGGCUGUAGCUCUGCAAUGUCUUUAUGUGGUACAGGUGAAAGGAGUAAUAACGAAAUAAACGGAAUAUAAAAUGGAAACGCUUUCAAGCGUUUUCUGUUUAUAUUUUUUAUUGCACAUUUGUUAAAACUUGAUGGGUGUCUCUCUUUUGAGUUUUGUCUUAGGCUAAAUAAGUGUAAAACAGUCCUUAUUACUCAUGCAGAAUCAGUAUAUGCAGAACAAACAACUUGCUGCAUUAAUGAGUCAGAGAUCUAUUGAGUCCUGGCGUUCUGGCAUACCACAGAGAGAGUUUAUUACAAUGUAUUUAUUUUUAUUAUAUGAUAUUCUCUACAAGUUAGCAGUGGUAGUUUGCCAGACUUGUGUGAAAUACCAUAAGAAGAGCAGAUAUUGUGGUAAAUGUCAUUACGGUAAAGUAUAAUAAUGCAGCUUCUGUUUAAAAGACACAUUGACUAUGUCUUACUGUUUUAACUGUUUAACUUGACCACCUUAAAAGAGGUCAACGUGGUUUAUGCUGCAGAGCAGGAGUUAUUUUCGUUUUCAUUCAGUAAAAAACGUUAACAUUUAUCGUCCAUAAUAAGCACAUGUAAAACAAACAAGCUGCUGCAUUAAUGUGUUGUUGAUCUGCUGAGUCCUGACGUUCUGACGCGCCAUAGAGAAAGAUUUAAUACAUAUACAUAAUACAUAAAAUGUAUUUAUUUAUAUUAAAUAAAAUCAUCUAACAGAUUUUAUGUGAACGUCCAUAGGAACUGCGUUUAAAAGCAGUGAAGUGAAAGUUUUUUAAUGUCAGGAGUAUAAGAAAAAGACCAUUAGUUUUAGAAGCCAGAUGUUGUUUAAUUAGUAGGGGAUCAGAUCAGGGGACUCUGCCGGUGUGAGCACUCAGCUGAUUCCUUUCGCCUCCAGACAGGCUCUUGCAGCGACAUGUUUGGGGGUCAUUGUCCUGGAAAAACCGAUGCCAUGUUUCAAUAUACUUUGUAAUAUAUGGCCCCACUGUGCGUUUGAUUAUGGACUCCUCGAAAAACUGUCUUUCCAUAAUCCCCUCGAAAAUAAUCAUCGGCCCUGGUCCCCACCUAGAAAUCAUUCCCCAAACGUGAAGUUUGAGGGGACGCUUAGGUUGCGGUUUGGAAACCAAGUGUCCUUUCUUUGCAAAGCUCAUUCUGGCAAAAUGCUCCAAUGCCACAGUCGAUUCGUUUUUCCCGAAACGAGAAAACGGGAAACGGCUUUAAAUCCAUUAAUGUGUCUGGUUUUGAAAACACCGUUUUCAGCUCGUUUAUUCGUUUUUAACAUGCUGCUUUGAAUAAAUGCCGUUUGUCCCUUUUAAACAAGAUGGUGGGGGUUUCUCGUUACAAUACGAAGUUACUGGACCUACUGGGAGCGUGUCCAGACACAUUAACAGGUCCUCCAGGUUUAAAACGUUCUAAAACGACGUGUUUUCUCGUCUUCCCAGCUUUUAUUCUGGAGGGGGAAAUCAAACCGUUAAAAUGUACAAGGACCCUUAAACACGAAGAAAUACUGUAUAAAGACAGCAGCGACAUCAGCAAUUGACAACAAACACCAGCGCGCAUUGACAACUUGAUCCAAGUGAUCUGCCUAUGAAUAAGUGGCUCCUCAGCACAAUCGUUGGAACGUCACGUCACUGUCUGCUUCAGACGGUGACGCCACUUCCCCGAUUCUCUUGUUGCCUGCAUUUGACAAGCAUACAUUUCCGGUCAAGCUGUACCUGGUCACGUCAUCUGUCAUUCGGGCUCUUACGUUUAAUUCAGAAUCAGAGCAAACUAUAGGUCAUUGCAGUCUGAGUUUGGAGUUAAACUUAAAAGCUGCUAUAACAAGACAACGACUUAGUUUUUCGUUCUCUGCUUUUUUCUCAAAACGAAAAAUCACCUUUAAAUCCAACUCCGUGACUUGUGUCGAAAAAACAACAACACUUGAAUUCCGUUAAUUAAAAUUAAAAGUUGAAACGAAAA